GCGACAGGAAGAGAAGCGUUGACGCCAACGGGGAGGCAGCUUGGAGGUCGCGGCCGCGGCGAGUUACAUCGUUUUCCAAUCCGCCUGCGUACGCCGCCGCCUGGGACAAAGCCAGAAUGUUCGGGAUGCUGAGCAGUAGCUUUGAGGAUGAUCCCUUCUUCUCUGAUUCUUUUAUGGCACACCGAGAAAGUAUGCAACAUAUGAUGAGAAGUUUUUCUGAACCUUUUGGAAGAGAUUUGCUCAGCAUCUCUGAUGGUAGAGGAAGAGCUCGUAAUCAUAGAGGACGUAAUGAUGGUGAAGAUUCUUUGAUUCGGACAGAUGUCAACCCUUUUCAGGCAGUGGACCGAAUGAUGUUAAAUAUGCGAAACAGUAUGCAGGAAUUACAAAGAAACUUUGGUCAGCUUUCAGUGGAUCCAAAUGGACAUUCAUUUUGUUCUUCCUCUGUUAUGACCUAUUCCAAAGUAGGAGAUGAGCCACCAAAGGUUUUCCAGGCCUCAACUCAAACCCGUACGGCUCCUGGAGGAAUAAAGGAAACCAGGAGAGCGUUGAGAGAUUCUGACCGUGGACUAGAAAAAAUGGCUGUUGGUCAUCAUAUCCAUGACCGGGCUCAUGUCAUUAAAAAGUCAAAGAACAGUAGGACUGGAGAUGAAGAGGUCAAUCAAGAGUUCAUCAAUAUGAAUGAAAGUGAUGCUCAUGCUUUUGAUGAUGAGUGGCAACAUGAGAUUUUGAAGUACAGACCUGGGGGACGAGGGCACCGUCUAGAAAACCCUAGGAUGCGCAGUGUUGGUCAUGAAAAUUCAGGAUCCUGUGAAAUUAAAAGAAGGGAGAGACCUCACCAAAGUCCAGCCAUUGAAAGUGGAAGAAGAUCCAAUGUUUUUGUGGACAAACUCAACAUCAAAGGAUCUCCUGUCAAAAUCAGCAAAAAAUAAAUCAGCAUGCAUUUGAUUUGUUAGUUUGGGUUGUUUGAACAGAGAAAGUAAUGGUGCUGGGUUAAUACACAUAAGACCAAUAUCUUGUUUUUAAAUCAAUACUGUACUUUGCAACUUUCUUCUGAUAUCUGAAUGUUCUUAGAAGUGCUAGCUUUAUACCAUCCCUACUGUAGAAAUAAAUCCUUGAUUUUCAACAAUGUGAAUAAAUUGUUACUCUAUAAAACUCUUUAAACACUAA